AUGGCUGAAGAAACCGAUCUUAAGUGUGGCCUUCAAGAAGAAACCUCAACUAUGGCGGAUCUAACCUGGAGUGCAGACUCACAGUCCAUUUCAAAGAUUCUUCGCAAAUAUCAGCUCCCAUUACUGGUGACAGUUGCGGACGGGAAUCACAAGCAGACAGCAGUAUCGGUGAAUGAGGUCAUCAAGAUUGAAUCCAUUCUUGCUGUUGAUUACGUUGAAGCGUCCGUGCUUGAGAGCGGUGUUGGCGAAAAGAAGGAUCCCGCCUCGACAUCAUUUCCAUCUACCAUUGCUCUUCCUAAAACACUGACCUCCGUAUCAUUAGAGGUGGUCAAAGAGUCUAACGAUCAGGGUUUAAACAAAACGCUUCACAGAUCGAAGAGCCAAUCGAACAAGUCAAGCCAUUGGUUUUUAGCUAGGAAGACUAAGAUGAAAUUCACCAGCGUGAAAUCCCUUGCUAAAUUUCGACCCAAAGUUGUUCGGGUGAUCACCACCCCAACUCAGAUGAUAGCAUCCCCCGAUCUCCAUGUUGGAAAUGAACUUGUUCUUCUUGAUGUCAUUGAAUGCGAAAGACUAGCUGUCAAAUACCUCAGAUGCCGACUUCGGGAAAGCAACGAUCCUCAGAAAAUAAUCAAACUAAACUUGAAAUGGACUGGAAUCUACGAGAGUGUCCCUGAGCCUAAAUCAAUGCACGUGAAGGAUUUGAUUUCACUUCAUGGCCUACCAACCACCGUGCGGAUCAGAGAGACCAUACCUAAUCGAAAUAAAUGGAUGAACCCUAAGGCGUCUUCUAUCAUGAAACGGAUUCGAACCCUAGACCUUCACCUCAAGUUUUCACAGGAGGCUACUACGUAUUUUGCGAUUGGUGUCGUCGUUGGAGGGGAUGGGGCGAGGAGAUCGGUCGUCAUAAUAUCGACAAACUCAGAUGUACUUCUUAAAGUAUCGCCAGAGAUGGAAGAAAAAACAAAGAUAUACCAGCAAUUGAUCUCAUCCUAUAAGGGAAUCGACGUGGAACGUAUUCCUCCAGAAAUGUUUAUCAGAGAUAAAGGAGCAGUUUUUGUCACUGUUCCAUUGUGGGAGCUCGAGUCAUGGAACGUCAAACUCAGGAAUAAGAAACCUCCCUUCUCUCGAGGCUCAAUGAUAUCAACGUGCGUAAACGGACCUAUUACGAUUGAGAAUCAUGCUUAUGUUAACGUCGAUUCCACCCUUAAGCAUCCUCGUCCACAGGUGAAGGCUAAACUAAGGGAUCCAAAUGUCGUCUGUCCGUCACAAACAUUAUGA